AUGUACACCGCUAAACUUAUUACAAGGCUUUGCAACUCUUGCCUAACUGACACUGCCGUUACUGUGCUUGAAGAAGUGGUAGGAAUGGGUUGGAAGCCUAGUGUGGAUACAUAUACCAUGGUGAUUGAUAAUCUUUUCGAUAGGGGAAGGGUAGAUUAUGCAUUAAAGCUGUUCAAAUAUAUGGCCUUACACCACGGCAUUCUACCUGAUGUUGACAGUUACAGCUUUUUCCUUCGUGCCAUUCGUAUGUUAUCUCGCCGGGAUGACAUUUCUAAAUUGCUCAAGGAUAUGGAGGACGAAGGGAACUACGUAGGUCCCGAAACCUUUAAUGUAUUUGUGGAUGCAUAUUGCAAGGAAGGUCGCAUGGAAGAUGCAGAGAGUCUUGUCAAGUUAAUGAAUCAGAGGAGGAUAUGUCCUGCUGCAGUGAUAUACAAAUCGCUAAUUGAUGGGUAUUGUUUGAAAGGUAAUAUGAGCAAAUCAAGGGAAGUUUUUGAUUUGAUGAGUCAUAGAGGCGUGUUCCGUGAUGUUGCUGUUUACAAUAGUUUAUUAAAAGGGUAUUGUGAGGAUUCGAAGGUAGAAGAGGCCAUUCCUCUGUUUCACGAAAUGAUGCAAAGCAGUGUGAAACACAAUACAGAGGAAUUUAAUGAGGUGCCAAAACCAGAUGAAUACACUUACUUUAUAAUGUUGUGGGGUCUAUGCAACAACAAUCAAGUAGAGGAAGCAGUCUCUUUGUUUCAAUCCAAUAAGAAGUUCAAUUUGAAUAUUUCUGUAUACAAUAUGCUCAUCCAUGGUGCAAAUAAAAAUGGGAAGCUUGAUAUUGCAAGGAGUCUUUACAAUGAGAUGACUGUGAUUAAAGGUUUGCAACCGAAUGAUAUGACUUAUGUUGCCAUGAUUAAUGGUUUUUGUGAGCAAGGUCUUGCAGCGGAAGCAAAGGAAUGGUUUCUUGAGAUGAAAGAGAAAGGCUUGUGGCCAAAUGAGGCGACUUGCACGAUUCUUCUCAUAGGAUUUAGAAAGACCAAACAACUUGAUUUGGUAGAGAUGCUUUUACUGGAAAUGGAAGCUAGAGGUUAUGAAUCUGCUAAACCGAUGUUUUCUGGUCCUGGUCCUUUUUCAAGCUUAAGUGCAAAGGAAGGAAUGGUUUCUCUUUAG